AUGAAGAAGCAGCUGGAAUUUGUAGAAGUUCGACAAUACAUUCCCCCAGUAAAGUCUCGCGACUCUCACAAACUCGCGGAAAUUGUUGCCUUUUCGAUCGAGCACAGGUGCACGUUGGCGAAUGGAAUGCUUGACACCUGGCAGUACUUCAAAAUCACAGAUAAGCCUUGUGAUCAAGUUGUGAAUCUUUGGCUGAAGAACAAGAUAAAGACUGCUGUUGCUUUGUAUGGAGCUCGACUUGGGCCUUUUCGAGGAGCGUGUCCGACUCGAUCAUGGGUUAUCAAAAAGGCCUUCCAAUUGAUGCUUGAGAUUCCGAAAGAAACGAUCGACGCGUCUUGGAGAAAAGUGAAUCUUGAGCAUCCAAUGAUCCAUGAAGACUUUAUCUUUGAAGUCGAUGAUGAAGAAGAAGAAAUCGAAGUUGGUGCUCAAAAUGGACAAGUUGGGGAUGGUGCUCAGAUGGAGGAAGAAGCCGAAGUUGGUGCUCAAAAUGGAGAAGUUGGGUAUGGUGCUCAGAUGGAGGAGGUAGCGGAUGAAGGAUAUCAAAAUGGACAAGGCGGAGAAGUUGGUCAGAUGAUAGACGAAAUGGUAGCUGAGAUUGAUUGGGAAAUGGUUGGAGCAGAGAAUGAAGCUUACGGUGGUGCUCAAAUUGAAGAAAUCGAUGAUGAAAUGGAAGAAAAUGGAGGAGAAAUGGAUAUUGGUAGGGGGUCGUAG